AGAAAGAAAGAGACUGAAAAGAAAAAGCAAAAACGUCCUCGUAUGCGGUAUGCCUCCCUCCUUUUUCUGCUGUCCUUAUCCUUGGUAGAAUGAAAAUCCUAUACCCAGAAUCGUUCCAGAGAAUCAAGCAAGGAACUUCCCAGUUUGUCUCAGUUUCUCAACCUCUUUGGUUUGAUCUCUGUUUGACAAGAUUGAGAGGAAGGAUGAUUCUGGCUUGGAUCUGAUUGUCACGGCUUCAUUUUCUGUUUGAAGAUUUGAUUUUGAUAGCCUGUCUGGGUUUUGAUUAUCUCCUGGAGAGAUGGGUCUUGAUGUAAUGGAGAUUGGAUUUAGUAUCAGGAAAGGUCUGAUCUUUUCAAUCAGAACUUGUUAUAGAUCAGUUCGUGAUCAUCCCUUCUAUUGGGGUUUGGCGCUUUUCUUCAUUUUCCUGUAUAGAUUUUUUCCUUCUUUGUUUGGACUUUUGGUAUCUUUUUCCCCUGUUCUUGUUUGCACUGCUGCUCUCCUUGGAACUCUUUUGAGUUUUGGGAAUCCAAAUAUCCCUGAAAUCGAGAAAGAUGACCAGAGGACCCAUGAGAUUGCUCCUUUGAAAGCGGCAGUUGUUGAAAAUGAUCUUGUUUUUCAUAGAGAUGAGACCCUUUCUGCAGAGGCGCAUGUAGAGAAGAGAGGGGAAGUUGAAGAGAAGGUGGAAGAAGAACCAGUGGGUUUGGACGACGGUAUGGAAGCUAAUAUUAGUAAGGUUGAUAAGGACAUGGCCUUCUCAACAAUUAAUGACAACAAUUUUAUGAGAAGGACCGUUGCGAUUGAAGAAGAUCCAAAAGAAAUUCCCGGGGAGGAGCAAAUGAUUGAGGAGAGAGAGUUUCGCAAGGCAGAGCUGGUCGAGAAGCAAGAAUUCGAUGAGGAGGACCUGCUUAUUGGUGGUGCACCUGCUGCCAGAAAAGAGAUUGAUGGUACAUCUUCCAUCGGUCAGGAAGAGAAUGAGACUCCCAGAAGGAAGAUUGAUAUGCCUGGUGGUGCAUUUUCUAUUGCACAAGAUUUGCCUUGGAAACAUGUUGAAGGCCAUGCUGAGUCUUGUGAUUCAGAUUCUGAUCGUGCAGAGAGUUCAUCUCCAGAUGCUUCUAUGGCUGACAUCAUGCCAAUGCUUUAUGAGCUCCAUCCACUCUUGGAGUCCGAAGCUUCUCAACCUCCUCUUAUAUCCCUUAGGAGCUCUACUGCGGUUUCGGAGAGUUCUAACAGAUGCCAGGAUGGCAGUGCUGGAUCAGAAGAGGAGGAUGACAACCAGGAAGAAGAAGAAGAAGAAGGCGAUGAUGAUGAUGAUGAAGAGGAAGAAGAAGAAGAAGAAGAAGAAGCACAGGGUACCCAAGGGGAUGGAACUGAAGAUGUCGUCACAUGGACAGAAGAUGACCAGAAGAAUCUCAUUGAUCUUGGAACUUUGGAGCUGGAAAGGAACCAACGGCUGGAGAGUUUAAUAGCAAAGCGGAGGGCAAGGAAGAUCAUGAAGAUGGAAGCUGAAAAGAACCUGAUAGACUUGGAUAGUAAUGAUCCUCCAUUUUCGAUUGCUCCUAUUUCGACAAGGCGAAAUCCUUUUGACCUUCCUUUUGAUUCCUAUGAGGCGAUGGGUUUACCACCCAUUCCUGGCUCUGCUCCCUCAGUCAUGUUGCCUAGACGAAACCCUUUUGAUAUUCCCUACGAACCAUAUGAAGAAAAACCCAAUCUCACUGAAAAUAGUUCCCAACAAGAGUUCAUGCCAUUUCAACCAAAGGACUUCCAGUUCAGAAGGCACGAGAGCUUCAGUUUGGGGGUUUCUGUAGAACCUAAGCAAAGGACGCACUUCAGGCCCUAUUUUGUAACUGAACGAAUGGCUUCAGAGGGGGUAGAAUAUCCCAUGUUUCAGAGACAAUAUAGUGAGAAGAGUGAUCAUUCUAAGGUAAGUUCUGUUCCUGAAACAGAAUCAGCUUCUUCGGUUGCAGAUCAAGAAGAUCACAAGACACUUGCUGAUCAAGAAUUAUCUCAAGAAGGUGACUCGAUCCCUCACAUUGACCAUGCUUCUGUUCUUGCUGAAUGUGGAAGCCAAUCCUCCGAAGAAGUAGACUUGGUGGAGAUUGAUCCUGAAGAGAAGAGGGCCAUUGAAGUUGAUGGGAUUGAUAUCAAAGGGGUCAAUGAGGAACAGAGAAUGAUACAUGCUGACUGCACUUCUGAUCAUAUUGAAUGUGAAAGCCAGUCUUCUAGAGAAUUAGAUUCAGCAGAGGUUUAUCCUGAAGAGAGAAGAGGCGUUGAUGCUAAUGGGGUUAAUAUGAAUGGGGUUGAUGAGGAAACUGUCCAUGAUGUUGAACUGCACCCUCACCACUCAGGAUAUGUUGCUUCACUUGUGGAAGCAGGCAAAAGUGAGGUUCAUGCUGUAGAAGAGAAAUACACUGAUUCAAGCUCAUCAUCGUCAGAAGUGCAUGAAAAAUUAUUCCAAAUGGAAACAGAUGAAGGAUCAAGGGAUCAAGAGCUGAAAAGGGAUGAUAAUACUGAAGGGUCAAAUGGUUCCAUUCGAUCAUCUCUCACUGAAUCAGAUUUUAAUCUUAGGAACCGGAUCAUGGAAGUUGGGGAUGAGAGUCAAACAAAGGAGCCUGUUUAUGAUUCAAGCCCAUCAGAGAUUGAGAAGACACUCUCUAACAUGACAUCCAUCCAGGAAGCUUUAUUUUAUGUGGAUAAGGGGGUUGUCACCUCUACUCCCUCCAUAGCUUCUGACUUGCAAGUAGAGGUCUCUGAAGUUGGUUCACCUGCAGUGCUGGUUCAUAGAGAAGAUGGCGAAUCUGUAUCUUAUGAUGGGAGUACAAUUGAGAUCUCUCCUGGCAAUGAACGUACGUGGAUGGCCCCAUCUAACCUUUGUGCAAUUGAUGAAAAUGAAUCGAGGUCAAUUGAAGUUACAGAGAUUAGUGACCACAAUGUUAUAGAGGUCGGAUUUUCAGGAGUUGGCCAGAAUUCUGAUGAUCCUCAUGUUCCAAAAGCAAUUGUAGUUCCAAAUGACUCAGGUUCAUCUUCCUUGGAGACUGAAUUGGGAGAGGAUGUUCGGAUAAGUAAGGAAGUACAUCUUCAAUUGAAGCAGGAUCAAGUCUCUUUGUCAAGUUCUGAUAAAGAGCACCAACAGCAUGAUGCCAAUUUGAAGGUGGACACCGUGGCUUCCAGUUUCUCAAAUGCGGUAUCAUCCGAGGAUUCAAGUUCUUCUGAAUUGGAGAAACCCAUACCUUUGAUGGACAAAUUGACUGUUCAUCCAUCUUCUGAUGGUGAUCGUGAAGAAACUGAGGACUCAUCUGCUAUUCUGGUAAAGUCUAUUGAGGAAGCCAAUGUCCAAGCACAUGAGGGCAAGGAUUCAUCAAGUUUAUCUCUGUUGACUGCUCCGGUCCCUAUACCACCCGAGGUCUUUGAGAUUGAAUCUAGUACAGCUCCAACUGAUAUAAAAGAGAAUGUCCUUGUAAGAAUACAAAGUGGGGAGGAAAGUCGAGUCUUUGAGAACCAAAGUGAUUCAGCAGAAGCGAUUGGGCCGCAUGUCACUAAGGAAGAAUUCAGUGAAGAGGCAGAGGGAAUCAAAGAGAUUGAUGAGGCGAUUCUUUCAGAAUUGGACACAGUUGGUGACUUCAGUGUCAAAGAGUCGGGAUUAAGCAUGGACCAGAAAGAGAAGACAUUGAGUUUGGAGGAGCAGGAGAGCCUGCCUGGGCUGCAAGUUCUUGGAGACAGGCAUGCUGAAGAUAUUGAAGCGGAUUCUAAUAAACUAAGCAAACUUGAAGUUAUUGCAGACUCACCAAAAAAAUACGAGACUUGGUCUGCCAAUUUUGGGGUGAAAGAAAAUGUUCCAGAGGUGACUGAAAGUACUUCACAAGUUAUUGAAGCAAACUCUCCUGACGAUGCCAAUGUGGAUUUUAAGCAUGUUCCUGAAAGUGUGGUUGAGAAAUCUGUAGUAGUUGAAUCAGUCCAGAGUGAGCCAUUGCCGAAGGAAACUGAAGUUGAAUUUGCUGAGAUUGAGCUAACCAACCAAGAUCCAAAUCAGAGAAAGAUUGUUUCUGAGCUUCCAGUCGUUGAAGCAAGAUCGCUUGAAGAUAUAGAAUCAGAUUUUAAGAAUCUCAAUCAAGGAGUUGAGGAAACUAUUGUUACAGAAUCAUUCUAUGAUAAACCAAUGACGGUGGAAAAUGAAAUUGAGCCUACUGAUUCUGGGCCAUCAGAAAAGGUCUUAGGUCUGACUGCGACCAUUUCAGAGCUACCAGUUCUUGAAGAAAGGUCAAUAGAAGACAUUGAUAUGCCGUCUAAUAAAAUCCUUGGAGUUCAGAGCACAAUCAUCACUGAGUCUUUCCAUGAUAAUCUGACAGGGGAGAACAGUGAAGUUGGAUUGGCUGACUCUCGGCCAUCAGAAGGAGACUCAAGUUCAACUGUGACUGAUUCCGAGCUACCAGUUCUCGAAGCAAGGUCUCUUGAAGAUAUUGAUUUGGCUUUAAAGGAACUCCAGGAAGGAGUGCAGAACCCUGGCACUGCUGAAUCUUUCCAUGAUGAACCGUUAGGGGAGAAAAGUGAAGUUGGGUUGGCUGACUCUGGCCUAUCAGCAAGAAACAUAGAUCUGACUGAGAUAAGUUCAGAGCUACCAGUUCUUGAGGCAACGUCUCUUGAAGAUAUUGAUUUGGGUUUCAAGCAACUCCAUGGUGGAGUUCAGAAACCUAUGGCAAUUGAAUCAUUACACGAUAAGUCCACAAGGGAAGAAACUGAAGUGGCGGUUAGUGAAUCUGGGCAAUCUGAUGGAGAAGCAACUGAGAUAAGUUCAGAGCUACCAGUUGUUGAAGCGAAGUCUGUUGAAGCUAUUGAUUUGGCUUUUAAGCAAUUGCAUGAAGGAAACCUUGAGGGAACUAUCCUUCCUAAGUCAGUUGAUAGGCAACCUGUGGUAGAAUCCCAAGUUGUGGUAGAGACCCAUCCACACCUUCCAGUUGAUGAUGCUAAAUCUUCAGAAGGUCUUGAAGUUGAAGUGAAGGAAAUGGAAAAAUCUGAGGAGAGAGAAUCAAAUUUUGAAGAAUCUGGGAUACCCCAAGAAAAUAUCGUAAGUUCUGACAAAGCAAGCCAGGGAGUUAAGGAAACAUCUGAGAGUUCAGGCUUGAGCACAUCAGCUGUGAGACAUAAGAAAGCUGGAUCUCAUAAAUCAAGUUCCAGUUCAAGCUCAAGCUCAAGUGAUUCUGAAUGAGAAGGAUUGGGGAAAGAUAUCAGCUUGGCCGUUUGGUAUUUCCCCAUUAUGGUUAUUUCAACAGCCAAGAAACAUAAUCCUUCAGUGAGAAAGGAAAAAAAAACAGCCGAGAAACAUUUGGGUUUUAUGGUUUUGAGUUUAAACUGUGGGCUUUGUUUUGGUGAUGAUGGUCGUGUUUUUUUAGAUCCUUUUAUAGUUACGUUUCUGGUGUACUGCUUCAAGAAUAUGGUUUCAGAUUCUUGGAAGUAUGGAAGUGUGGGAUUUUUUUUUUUUUCCUGCCCAUCUUUUGAGAUACUAAAUGGUUUGAGAUUUCUUUGCAGAAAGUUUUGUAUGCAUCCAUGUACUGUGUAAAUUAUCUUAUCAAUGAAAUGAUUUGAUUAUUCAUGA